AUGCCCAUGACUAAUUUUAUUAAGAAACCAGUUAGCUCCCACUGUAAAUUUCAGCCUUUGUUUGCAGCAGUGUUACCACUUGAGCUACAUGAUGAAGUCACCUCCUUCCGAAGUUAUGCAAAAGGAGACUUGGAUAUAUCAUACAUCACUUCCAGAAUUGCUGUGAUGUCCUUUCCAGCUGAAGGUGUAGAAUCUGCUAUCAAAAAUAACAUAGAAGAUGUACGGUUAUGUCUGGACUCCAAGCAUCCUGGCCACUAUGCUGUGUACAAUCUCUCCCCAAGAACAUACAGGCCUUCGAGAUUCCAUAAUAGAGUUUCUGAAUGCGGCUGGCCAGCUAGACGAGCCCCAAAUCUUCAGAAUCUUUACAGCAUAUGCAAGAAUAUGCAUUUAUGGCUGAAACAAGACCAGAAAAACGUUUGCAUUGUGCAUUGCCUUGAUGGAAGGGCAGCAUCUGCUGUUGUGGUUUGUUCUUUUCUGUGUUUCUGUCGCCUCUUCACUACUGCUGAGGCUGCAGUUUACAUGUUCAGUAUGAAACGAUGUCCUCCUGGCAUUUGGCCUUCUCAUAAAAGGUAUAUUGAAUACAUGUGUGACAUGAUGGCUGAAGAACCCAUUAUUCCUCACAGCAAGCCUAUCCUUGUGAGAUCGAUCAUCAUGACUCCAGUUCCUCUUUUCAGUAAGCAGCGAAAUGGCUGCAGGCCUUUUUGUGAGGUUUAUGUGGGAGAUGAGAGGGUAACCACUACCUCCCAGGAAUAUGACAAAAUGAAGGAGUUUAAAAUCGAAGAUGGGAAAGCAGUCAUUCCACUAGGUAUAACAGUCCAGGGAGAUGUUCUUAUUGUGAUCUAUCAUGCCAGGUCAACACUAGGAGGCCGACUACAAGCCAAGAUGGCUUCCAUGAAGAUGUUUCAGAUUCAGUUCCACACAGGUUUUGUGCCCCGAAAUGCCACCACGGUGAAGUUUGCCAAGUAUGAUCUGGAUGCCUGUGACAUACAAGAAAAAUAUCCUGAUUUAUUUCAAGUAAAUCUGGAAGUAGAGGUGGAACCCAGAGACAGACCUAGCUGUGAACAGCCACCGUGGGAUAACAUGAAUAUAAAGGGUCUGAAUCCCAAGAUCCUUUUCUCUACCCGAGAGGAACAACAAGAGAUUUUAUCAAAAUUUGGGAAACCAGAACUGCCUAGACAACCAGGUUCAACUGCACAAUACGAAGCAGAAGCAUCCCAGCUGGAGCAGUCUUCAGAAAGUGCACCUACUGAUACAGAAUCCCCACACAGCAGUAGUACUGAUGCAAAUAACUUCUUUCACUCUCUGGACUGGAAAGAAGGAAAAAGUCCGGAAAGUGGAGUAGAGGACAGUUCAUCUAAAAAUGAUCGUGUUCAACUAUCUGAUGACAGGGAGGAGAGUGAUCCUUCAGAUGAGGAAUUCCCUACAUUUCCAGGUGAAGAAAGCGCAAGUGUAGUAACUGUUGAUGAAAAAGACACUAUUACUCCAGAAGGAGAAUUGCUUUUUGAAGCCAGUUUUGAAACUCCAUCUGCACCAUUGCAAACAUCUCUACCUGAAGAGAAUGUAGACUUACUGGGACUAGACUCCAAUAUUUCACCUGAGCAGAAACAACCCAUCUCAGAAGUGAACUCCUUAUCAAGCAAUGCGGACUUGUUGAACAAUCUAUUUGUGGAUAAUGCACCACAGACUUCAGAACAGCCCACUGGAGAUCUUCUCGGCCAAGGAACAGAUUUCUUUUUCAGUGGUCAGUGUCGAGCUGCUGCUCCGGGUACCUCUUCAGCAGCAGCCAGGUCCUCAGCCGAUCCUUUUGACCCAUUCACCAUGUCAUCAAGUUCAGAAAAUCAAGCCCUGUCGGGUCCAGACCUCUUUGGGGACUUUCUUAAUCCAAGUUCAACAUCUACAGCUAGUACAGUUCCUUCCACACACAGUUCACUUCCACCUUCUUCCAGCUCAGAUUUGUUAAAUUUAGGGAAUUUGACACCAGAGCCAGCUAAAAUACUGUCUUCUACAAGCCAGCCAGACCUCUUAGGUGGAUGGGAUUCUUGGGCAGAUUCCUCAGUAACCAGUAAUGUAGCAUCACCACAGUUGAAGCCUCUUUUUGAAGGUCAAGCUUUUACCACGGGCAGCCAGUCCAGUGUGUCUCCAGGUCUGUCUUUCAGCCAGGCUAAGUCUCAGAACUUUGAUCCUUUUGCUGAUCUUGCCAAUCUUGGAUCUGGUCUUCCAG